UGGGUAGUCGCAUGAAGACGAAGUCUGACUAUUUCAUUUCGAUUAUUACGACACGUUUGUUUAUGUGAAUGUCAACUUCCGAAAGUGUAAUUUCAAACUUAUUCUCGUGCGCGCCCAGCUUGGAAGGUGCUUUUUCGAUUUAUUCACACAGUUUCACACACACAUUUAGUUCUCCUUAGUCUGUUAAAAAUAUAUCCAUGUCACCAAAAAGAAAGUUGGUUAAAAAGAGUGAAUUGAGGUAAGUGGUUUGGAGAGUUCUUCUCACUGCUGACUUCUGUAUAUGUAUGUAUAUUCGGCAAAUUCUUAUAUCACGUAAGUAUUUGUCAUUACUUCACUGGUGGUGAGAUUAACUGGUAUCACACUUUCUCAUGUUUCGGUGGCCUGACAGUCCUCAAUUAACCAGAAAAAACCGAUAAAUAAUUUGUUACUUCAGGAGUAAACACUUACUCAAUUUGGCCUUAAAAUGUGAUCGAACAGCGAUUUCACACCUGUUUAAUCAUCUGCAUCAAAAAAUGAUAGAUUCUGGUUUUAUAGAAGACAAGAGGCAUUUAAGAGAUGCCAUGGAUGCUCACUGGUUGGAUGAUGCGACGUUCCAACUAAAAUUAGACUUCGAAGAUGCUUAUCACAUAUGGACAGUGAGGCAGAUGGACACCUCCGCUGAAAGAUAUGAAAAUCUCCAUAAGCAAUUAUUGCAGGAGUACGAUUGCCUACACAGUAGAUGGGAGGAGAAGAUCAAACUGUGUAAUCACACGGAAAUUUCAGCUGUCAUGAGUAAAUUGAAUGGGGAUAAUAAAACAGCUUACAAGGAAUUAUUGGCCAAACUGGAGGAGGAUGACAGCUGCGAUCCUCCAUCAUCAUGCUGUGAUGAUUCGUCGACAUCUACCUCUCAUACACACCAGUCGACCGAACCUACUCUUCCUCGUAUAAGCUGUUAUAUCCCAUGUAAUGGAUGUUAUAAAUAGAGAUGACCUAUCAAUGCAAUUAAAUCUCAUAUCGAAGGGACAAGUUGGUCAUGGUUAUCAUAUAGUGUUGAACAAAAACAUGUAUGACCACUACUCAUCUAAUCUCAUCUCACCGCAUCACCAUUCUGCAUUCGUUUAUGUAUAUUACUCACUGUGUUGGUUACUCCUGUUUUUUUCCCAGAUUCCCAUGGAUUCCUGUGUAGUACUAUUUUUUUUAAAAAGAAAAUUAAUAAAGACAAAUGUUUCUGUUUGUUGA